AUGACGAGAGAGAUCUUUAGAAGACUUCCGAUUAAAUGCAUUAUGAAGUGCAAUUGUGUUUGCAAAUCAUGGCGCAAUUUGAUAAAAGGUGGCGACUUUGAGAUGUGGUAUACUCCGCAACCAGGCCUGGCUUUUGUUCAUCGAGACAUCGGGUUUGCAGUCUGCGACGAGGCCUACAAGCCACUUUGCCACUUCAGCUUUCCUCCUCUCAAAGAAGAUUCAACUACUAGUCUCCUUUGUGUCGUAGUUGGUUCAGCUAAUGGUUUGAUUUUGGUUUGGAAUGGAACUGAUGCUAGGCUUUUCGUAUGCAAUCCAAUUACAAGUGAAUAUAUCAAGCUCCCUCUUCCGUAUAUGACUAGCCACAUAUUUGGAUUUGGCGUGAGCAAAUUAAGUGGACAAUACAAGAUUUUAUGUGGCGCUCAUGUAUACACUCUAGGAAGAGAAGGAGGGUGUUGGAGAAGCAUUGCUGCGGCAAUAGGCCGCCCUCGACUGCCGUGGGAAAAUGCAGUAUUUUUCAAUGGAAAUCUUCACUGGUUGACAAUUGAUUAUAAGGAGAAUGGAAUUCCCUUGGUUUGUUGCUUUGAUCUUGAAACCGAGUUGUUUACCAGCUUUUUUCUUCCUCCUCGAGAUCACAUUACUAAUUAUGAUGAUGGAUACUUGUUAUAUUUGAAUGGCGAAUAUCGGCUAUGUGUCUUGGAUGGUCGGUUAUGUUUAUGCGAUAAAUUACGACGUGGUCACACUGUUAUCUGGAAGAUGGACACCUACGGGGAUGCGAAUUCUUGGGUAAAGGCAUACACGGUUAGUGAUAUCCAUGGAAUUAUUUUCCCGCUCAAAGUUUUUGCAAAUGGUGACUUGUUGUUUUCCGCCUGA